UACUUUUCCGACUCUUCUUGUCGGGAAACCCAGAAAAGAACCUGCGAACAGAUCUCUACAAUCUAGUGGAACGACGUUCUGCACUCGAAACUCGUGCUAAGGGAGAGUUUUUAAGGAGAGGAGGGAACGAUGUGGAACGGUUCAAGACCUGGACCACGAGGAGGAAUGCCCUUUCGUGGGGAACCUCGUGGAGGCAUGUUUGAAGGCAGAGAUGGCCCAAGACCUGACUUCAGAGGUCAGGAUGGCAUGAAUAUGGACAGGUCACCCAUGGAUAUGAGGCGGUUCGACUGCCCACCUGAUAUGAGAGGACGAGACAUGGGUCUUCAUGACAGAGGAAGAGAGCCUCCCCGAGAUUUUUUCAGACCUGGAGAUGAAAUGGACAUGAAUUUUCAAAGGCGCUUUGAAAUGGAUCAGAGAAACAACCUUCAGAAUUCUCCAUGUUUUAUGGGUCAGUCUAGGCCAUCAAUGGAUAUGGGUGGCAGAGAUAUGCAGAGUGGUAAUAUGAGAGGUCCAGAUGAUGGAUUCAUGAAUAUGAGGGAGAGGGAGAGAUUCCAGAUGGAUAUGCCUGGGCUUCCUCCCAUGGACAUCAGAAGGAGACUUGCCAUGGUGGCAAUGGGUGGAAAUGGAGAUCUUGGGGAUAUGAGAGACAGGGAGAGGCCACGGAUGGGAGGCAUUGAUGGGUUCAACAUGGACAUGCCUCCCAGAGACAGACCAGUGAUGGAUUUUGACAGACGAGGUGUCACCCCUCCACUUAAUCCAAGAGGAAGGUUUGAAUCUGAUAUGGAUCUGAGAAACCGCAUGGGGUCCUCCAAUGAUUUUAGAGACCAGCCUGCUCAGAUGUUUCGAGACAAUGAAGGCGUCCCUAUGGAUAUCAGAGCAAGACCUGAUAUGCCUUUAGGUCGUGGUGGCCCAGAACCCAUGAUCAGACCCGACGAGAUGACCCUCAGAGACAGAGAAUUCCCAGACCCGAUGGACAGUCCAAUGGGCUUCAGAGGGAGAGAAAGUGAAACGCUCUCAGACGAGUGGCGCAAACAUGGCAUGAGAGACCGAGAAUCUCUUCCACCGAUGAUGGGCAGAACGCCACCACUUUUCCAGAGAGAGCUGCAAGACAAGUUCUUCUCUAACCGUGGAAAAGAUGUAGACUUUGGAGAACGUCCCCAGUUCAAAGACAGAGACCGAGACGGGUUUCUGGAAAAAGACGGCACAGGCUUUAAUCGAUCAGAAAGAGACUCCAAACACCAAAACUGGGAGAAAAAUAUUCCUAGUGAUUUUCCAGGCAGAGAUCCAACUCAGAAGCCCCCUCUUCUUCCACUGGAUCCUCCUCUAAAUGCCCAAAGUAGAGAUGGAGAUAAACCCUGGCCUGGUGACAAAGAUGAAAAGCCUGAAAGAACUGCACCUGCAGGAAGUAGACCACCAUAUUUCCAAGACAAGAACCAGCCAAAUCAAGAGCAUCAUUUCGCAAGUGAUCGAGUGCCCUUUAAGGGUUCCAGUGACAUGGCUUUAGAUCAGGGACCACAGAGAGAGAGCUUGGUGUCUGGGCCAAAGGAACCCCAGAGUAACAGAGGUGAGCGACAGGAUCAGGAUUAUAGAGACAUUGAUUAUCGCACCAGCUCAGGGCACAAAUACGACUACAAUCUUGGGGAUCUUCAAGGACCUGAGAAAGACGUGAAGGAAUCCAAACUUGGUCCAACUCAACGACCAGAUGACUCUGGUUCUCAGGACCAGGAUUACAGGAGUGCAAGUGUCCAGGAUCAAGUCUCAAAAACCAUUGCCAUCUCUGGAAUUCCUAAAACUGCCACAAUGCAACAGAUUCUGGAUGCUUUCGCAGUCCGUGAUGGUGUGCCAAUGCAGGGCAUGAAAAUAAAGGAUGUUGUGCCAGGUUACAGCUACGAUACGGCCUAUGUGGAGUUUUUAAACCUCGAGGAUGCUGUCCACUUCAUGGAGUCCAACCAGGGAUCUGUUAAGGUUGGUGACAAGACUGCUCUGCUCAAAUAUAUCCAGCCUGACAAAAAUAUGAAAGAACAGCAUCAUGAACCACCAGCUAAAGCCGCUCCAGCCAGCGAUGACAAUUUGUUACCAAAUCCAGUCCUGCCACUGAAUAUAAAGGAGGAAACCGAUGCCAAGCCUGUGCAGGAUCCUGCCUCUCAAGGUGUGUGGCAAAGAAACUCCAACUUGACUCCUGAAGCAUGGCAACAGCAAGUGGACCAACAGCUACAACAGCAGGAGGUAGAGCAACAAUCGGAAGAAUGGACCAAUCAGAGAGCAUCUCGCCAAAACUUGCAGCACUCCGAUCCGGUCUUCAAAGAGAGCAAGACAAUGAUUAUCAAGAACAUUUUGCCUACCACCACCGUGGAGACCAUUCUGCAAGCACUCGAUACAUUUGCGUACCUGGAUGAGCGCAAUGUACGUCUGGUCAAAGGGAAGUCACCUGGAUCCAAAUGCUUCUGCUUUGUCGAUAUGGAUUCACAUGAGCAUGUGACGCGAUUGGUGGAGCUGCUCACCAAACCCCGCCCUAUCAUGAUUGAUGGGGUUAGAGUUUAUGCUGAAGUUGCCAAACCUUUGAAAAACCAAAACUAUAGGAGGGAAAAUGAUAAGUCAAACACUUCUCUCUUGGGUUUCCCUCCAGAUGUUAUGAUGCAACAACAACAUCAGUAUCAGCAGCCACAGCAACAAUUUUAUCCUCAGCCUUCUCAUACAACUAUGGGUGUUGCACCUUCCAUGCAAGAUGACCCAAUGGGAGCAGAUGCCACCUUGUCAUCAGCUGUAAUGCCGACUUCAAGCUUAACACAGGGUGUGAUAUAUUCUGAGACAACGGCAAUGGCGCAGUCAGUCCAGACAACUGAGCACCAGACUGCAGCUUUAUCUGACACUGAUCUUCCAGGAGCUGCGGAGUCCAUUGACGGCUACAGCUACGGAUCUGAGGCUCCAGAUUUGUCAGCCUUCCUUUACGAUGCUACAUCAGGAUUUUACUAUGACCCUCAGACUACCCUGUACUAUGAUCCCAACUCAAGGUAUUUCUAUGAUGCUCAGAAUCAGCAGUACCUGUACUGGGACAGUGCCUCAAAGACCUACAUCCCAGUCCAGAGCUCUUCUACUGAUGUUCAGGAGCCGACCCCUGAAGUUGCUGUCCCUGUGGCAACAACUGCUGAGGUUAUAGCUACCCCCAUCACAGAGGAGGAAGUGAAGGCCGUUCCAGAGACUGUGCCGGAGGUGCAGGUGGAAGAGGAGCCUGCCCCACGUGCAGAAAAGAAAGAGAAGGAAAAGGAGGAGAAGCCGAGAAGUUUAGCAGCUUUUAAGAUAAUGAAAGACAUGGAGCGAUGGGCGAAAAUCCAGAACAGGCAGAAAGAAACUGUUCGAUCUCCUUCACCUCUUUUCAAGUCUGGAGGAGACGACCAAAGACCUUCAAAAGCUGCUGAUGCAGCCUUUGCCAUCUUUGAAAGGAAGGCCACCGGUGCAGAUGAAUUAUUCAAGAAGCCUCUUGCUCCACCAAAACAAAAAGAGGAAAAAUCAUCAAAGCGGCCCAUGGGCUCUCUUGGAAUGUUGGCGGCUGACUAUGGGGCAGGCAGCGACGAGGAGGAAGAAGAGAAACACGAGAAGCAGGAAGCCGCAGGGCCCGCAAAGAGUCAGCCACAGGCGGACGAGAAGGAAGACAAGUUGACAGAUUGGAAGAAGAUGGCAUGUCUUCUGUGCAGGAGGCAGUUCCCUAAUAAAGACGCUCUGAUCCGCCACCAGCAGCUCUCAGACCUGCAUAAGCAAAAUAUGGAGAUUCACCUAAAAAUCAAAAGGUCGAAGAGAGAACUUGAGGCUCUAGAAAACCAGGAAAAAGAGAUGAAAAUAAAACAGUCGAACGGUUCACCUGAAACAAAAAGAAGAAAGUCACAAAACACAUGGGCCGGCAGCUCAAGGGACAGUCAUAAAGGCAGCGAGAGACCAGGUUUGGGUUUAGAAACUACUGAGCGGAAGAAGAAGGAACCCGUCGUCUGGAAUCAUGCCACGUACAAACAGGCAGUUCGGAAGGCCAUGUUUGCACGUUUCAAUGAGCUGGACUGAAAGUGAAAUGAAUGAACAAAAAGGGAAUUUGUGAAUAUACAUGCAUAAACACACACACACACGGUGUUGUGUGGUCCGUUGGCAGCUCAUUCCAGGCUUUAAUCUGUGAACUGAUACAAAAUUCCUGGAGAAGCUUAUUGUGACUAACCCCUCAUUUUGUGGAUAUGGUGAUGUGUGACUGUAU